AUGGAUAAAGCAUUUGAUGAAAUUAUUGGAAAUGACCACACAGAAGGCUCAGCUAACCAUAAGGUAACAAGAUACCGCAGAAGAGAUUUAAGAAAUGAAUUGGGCCCUAGACUGGGGUUCGCAUCUUCAGAUCCUGCAUUGAGAUCAGAUGAACAUUUUCAUCGACAAAAGGAAGAAUCUCCUUUGCCCAAGAGAAUUAGAAUAUCCAAGAUCCCAUUAGACGUUUCCGAUUACACCCUUGAUGAUAUGUUUAAAGAGUUUGGGCCACCAACUUUUUCGAAAAUUUUUGACAAUAAAGAAGAUCGUACAUGUCUUUACGAAUAUGAAGAUCCAGAACUAAUGGAAAAGAUUGUGGAACUUUAUAACGGACAUGAAUUGAAUGGCGCCAAAAUCGUAGUGGAAAUUUACCAACCGCAAAGAAAGCAAUCUAGAGUUAGUUUACACAACCGUCGCAAGAAAGGAGACCAGGAAUAUGGUAGAGGUAGACCGGGAAGUCAUUAUCGCCAAAAGCCCAGCAGAGUCUCUAAAAAGAGCAAGGGCCGUGAAAAUAACACUCCAACUUCUGUUGAAGCUCUGGAUGCUGAAUUGGAUGCUUACAUGAAAGGAUAA